AUGUCUUACUCGGGUUUUUACGAAGGAGAUGAUCCAGCUGCCAUGUAUCAAAUGUUACAGCAACGUGGCAUGCGAGGACCUCCUAAGCGUUUCGACGAGUACUAUCGAUGUUAUCCAACCGUCAUGAUACCAGGUCCCGAGCGACAGAAUCUCAAUUAUGGAGGGAAGAUUAUUAUGCCACCAUCUGCUUUGGAGAAACUUACUCGAUUGCACAUCACAUACCCUAUGCUUUUCGAGCUCAUCAACGGUCAAGGUAGCGAUGGAUCGAAGCUGACACAUGCUGGUGUACUGGAGUUUAUUGCAGAUGAAGGAAAGGUCUAUCUACCACAUUGGAUGAUGCAAACUCUCGAGCUAGAAACUGGAGAUCUUUUCCAAAUCAAAUCGACUGAUCUUCCCCCUGCGUCUCUUAUCAAGCUCCAACCACAAUCCGUCGACUUCCUCGAUAUCUCCAACCCCAAAGCCGUGCUCGAAAAAGCCUUUCGCGACUUUUCUACGCUUACCAAGGGCGAUAUCUUCAGCUUCUACUACAACGAUACUGUCUACGAUGUUGCCGUAUUAGAGAUUAAACCGGUCACUGAUAAGAUGGGGGUCAGUAUGCUCGAAACAGAUGUCUCAGUCGAUUUCGCUGCUCCAUUAGGCUACGUCGAACCGACAACGACCAGAGCCAGCGGCAGUGGAACUAGUACCCCCAGAAGUGUCAUCGGUGGCUUACCUGCAGGUGGAAUGCUUCAUAGUCAAGGAACUAUGGCACAGGCCAUUAAUUACGAUGCCAUUGCGCCGACCUCUAAUUCCGUCGCCCAAGGCGCCAAAGCCGCAUCAUCCAACUUUGUAUCCGGUGGUCAUAAGCUGAGCGCAAAGAAGGGCGCAAAAACACCUACGCCUACUGCUUCUACUCCUGUUGCGGGAAUUAGCACGAAUACACCUACUGUGUCGGUUCGAAGAACGAAUGGUCCCCAACCUCUUCGAUUGCCACCAAACAAACUCUUCUUCGGUUACGAAAUCAAACCAGUCAAAACACAAGCAGAUAAGGACAAAGAGAAUUCAAAUGCGAGGCAGCCCCAUUUCUCGGGACAAGGACAGUCAUUAAAGACGGGCAAGAAGGUGGAGGCUAAGGUUGAAGCUGCUCCAGAAUCUCAGGCUCAGGGCGACAGUGUAGGACGGCGGUUAGAUGGGUAG